UGCGUAUACAGAGCCUCCGCCUUCUUUUCCGUGCCUUUGCGUUAAUUGAAAUAAGCUACCGGGGAAGAUGGCGGCGGAGGUGAUAGCGGAAGGUAUUAGGAAGCGACUGGUGACCCCAGGUGGUUCUGUGCAAUCGGAUUUUCGGGAUGGCACCAAGACUACAUUUCAUUACCGGACUGAGCUGUGUGAUGAAAAACGCACUGUAAUUGAUGACAGCUCAGAAAGGUCUAAACCCAUGGAAUUGAUAAUCGGAAAGAAAUUCAAGCUGCCCGUUUGGGAAACAGUCAUUCGCAGCAUGAGACAAGGCGAAAUUUCAGAAUUUUUGUGUGACACUCCGCACGUCAUUGAAUAUCCCCAAGUAUCUCGAAGUCUUCGAAGGAUUGCAGCAGGAGAAGAUCCCCGUGAUGGGCAGCGGCACUGCUGUGGUGGUAUUGCUCAGCUUCAUGACCACUCCUUAGGUUAUCCUGACUUGGACCAACUACAUAAAGAUCCCCAGCCUCUUAUCUUUAUUAUUACCCUAAUACAGAUCCAAGAGCCAGGCUCAUACAGACAGGAUGCUUGGGCUAUGACUGAUGAGGAAAAGUUGUUAGCUGUGCCUGUCCUCCAUCAAGAAGGAAACCAGCUGUAUAAAGAUGGAAAGACUAUUGAGGCAGCAGCCAAAUAUUAUGAAGCCAUUGCCUGCUUGAAAUCUCUUCAGAUGAAGGAGCAGCCAGGCUCUCCUGAUUGGAUUGAUCUAGAUCUAAAAAUUACACCACUGCUACUGAAUUAUUGUCAGUGUAAACUGCUCGAGGGGGAAUACUAUACAGUGCUUGAGCACUGUUCAUCUAUACUAAACAAGUACUCAGAUAAUGUAAAAGCAUUAUUUAAGCGAGGACGUGCUCAUGCUGCAGUAUGGAAUGCAUCAGAAGCAGAGAAAGACUUCUCUCGAGCUGUAUCCCUUGAUCCAUCCCUUGCACCCCUUGUUGCCAAGGAACUAAAACAUUUGGAAGUACGUCUACAGGAGAAGGACCGUGAGGACAAGGACCGAUUCCGUGGAAUUUUCAAGUGACUAAAGGGCAGGUCCCACUUAUUUAAGGAGACAUUUUCUAUAUAGGUCAUACUCCAUUUUGUAUGAGAAAGCAAUUUUGUUUUUGGAUGUCAGUGCCACCAUCUUGUGUUUCAGGAUUCUUGCCGAUAAUGCAUUGGCCAGUUAUCUCUUUGAAACUUUAGCCUAUAACUGGUCAGAUUUUACAAUGAAUGUUCCUAACAGUGAAGGUUAGGUGCAGAGACUUGUUUAUAUCACUGCAUAUCUUCCAGUAAACACAUCACACUGCAGUUUUCUCAACCUCUUACCUGUCAGUGUGCAGCCUCACGCUUGUCAGCAAGAGUAAAACUUUAUUUAUAUAUACAUAUAUAAAAGAAAGGAAAAUGCAAAGUGUUAAGAAUGAAAGUACAAAGCCCCAGUAGGUGUCACGUGCGUGCAUUACGUUCUGUUUCUGCAAGACAUUCUCUCACAAGAGCCCGGGCAUGAAUUAUACCUAGAAGAAACAUAAGAAAAUUAAGAGAAAAGGUAGGUAAUAACAUGGCAUAAGCCUGUUGCCACGAGUCAUAUUGCCAGAGAAAAUAGGUUUAUUGCGUUACAGAAACGAUUACAUCAACCUAUCCUCUGCAGAUUAUGGUUUCUCACCUCUCUUUAAUCUCUCCAUUGCACUUUUACUUCCUGCAUAAGUAGGUCUGAUCUCUCUUCCCAUUUCUUCAAUAACAGACAGCAGGUCACUAUAUGUCCCCUGUGAAACGGCCUGUGAGACUGCAGGCUUCACUCCCUGUUAGAAUAGUAGACACUAAGAAUAUGGAUAGCUUUGCUCUUAACUAAAUCGUAAUCUCUUACUGGCAACAUUUGGUAUUUGUAUGUCUAGAGUUCUGUACAUGAGUAAACUGUAUAAAAAAUAAAAGCUUAAAGUAAAUUGUGACUCCUGCUGUACAAUCAAUACCAUACAGAAAUGACUAAGUCAAGCCUCAAUAAAUUUGUUUAAAAUCUAA